AUAUAAGCACAAAGUAAAAGAAAUUAAAGCAAAGAAGACCUCAUCUCUUCAUUCCUCCUAAGCUUCUCUCCCUCUCUCUUCAAUUCAAUGCUCCUUUUUCCCUUUCUUUCUUUCUUGCCUCUGGUAUUCCCUUAGUGUGAUUCUCCACCAUCAAACUUUAUAAAAAGAAAUAUCAUAAAAAGGAUUUCAACCACCAUGGUUUUCUCUUCUAUUCCAGUCUAUGUAGAUCCUCCCAAUUGGCAGCAGCAAGGGAAUGUCAAUGAUAACCCUCACCUACUUCCGCCGCUACCCCCACAGGUUCAGGCAGGACCUGUGGGAGGAGGCGGCGCAAUUGCUGGCUCGAUCAGACCUGGGUCAAUGGCUGAUCGAGCCAGGCUAGCAAAGAUACCACCUCCAGAGGCUGCCCUCAAGUGUCCUCGUUGCGAUUCCACGAACACCAAGUUCUGUUACUUCAACAACUACAGCCUGUCUCAGCCCCGCCACUUCUGCAAGGCCUGUAGGCGCUACUGGACAAAAGGUGGCACUCUGAGGAACGUUCCGGUGGGCGGUGGUUGCCGCCGUAACAAGAAGAACAAGAGGAGUAGUAGCCGGUCGAAAUCUCCACCAAACAAUAACAAUGAAAAGCAACAAUCAUCGAGUGCAAUUCCUUCAAACAACAUCCCUCCUCAUGAGCUGAUUGGUCAUCAUCAGUUAUCUCAUCAACCACCACCAAACCUUCCUUUCAUGGCUUCUCUCCAGAAUCAUCUUAGCCGCUAUGGUGGGGGAGGAGGAGUUGCUUCAAACAUGGGUCUGAGCUUAACGGAUCAUCAUCCUCACAUGGGGUUUGUUGGUAAUGGAGGAGUAGUGGAUCAGUGGCGGCUGCAGCAGUUUCCGUUCUUAAACGGUUUUGAUUCGAAUUCUUCUUCAGCUGCAGUAGCAUCGUCGAUAUCAUACCCUAACACUUUUCAUCAUGAAAAUGAUCAUCAUCAAGGUAUUGGUGGUGGUGAAGCAGUAGGUUCUUCAGGCUUGGUUGUUGGUGUUGACAUAGCUGGAAAUUCUAGGGUUAAUAAUAAUCAGAUGCAACCACCAGUGAAAAUGGAAGAAAACGGAGCCAUGAAUUUGUCAUCAAGAACAACAACAACCAACUUGAAUGUCUCUCAUCAUCAUCAAAAUCAUCAAUACUAUUCUUGGAACACUGAUAUGUCAGCUCUAGCUGCUUCUUCUUCCACUCCUCAUAAUCUCUUAUAACUUUGGAUUUCAUAUGUAAACCUACCUCUUCACCCUUAAUUCGCCAAAAUGCUGAUGAAUCAACCAAGAAAAUUAAUGCAAACAAAUGGUAGAACUCCAUAUUCUGGGCAUUAUUCAUUUUGUUUAUUUUAUGUUUUUUUUUUUCUCUUUUUAAUUUAAUUCAGUCGAGUAAUUUCUGUACUACAUAUAUAUGGGGCUUGAUGUGUUUUUAUUUUGUAUAAUUAUUAUUAUUAUAACUC